CCGCUGACCCAGAGAUGGCCCCGAGCAAGCAAGUUCCUACUGUCCGGCUGCGCGGCUACCGUGGCCGAGCUAGGCAUGUGCUGUGGUGCUUGAAGGUUGUACUUUAAGAAGCUUCGCGAGCUGUCAUUCCUCUGUAGGAAUCAUUUUCCUUUUCAUGAGGAUGACCUUUUUAAAAACGUAAUCUGUUUCCCGUCCUUACUGAGAUAAUCUCUGUGGUUUAUAGUCUUACACAGCCACACUGUCAUUAUCUUGUGGGUCCAAGUUGUGGACCUACCUUGUGGGACUUCCGUUAUUAACCUGCCACUCACAGAGCAUCGACUUAAGCAUCCGCCGGUUACUUGACCUUUUUGAGUGUAAUUCAUCUAUACUGUUUACCUUGCAGGAUUCUGAGAAGUCAAUAAUAUAUGAUUGCUAAACCCAAGGCAGGACACCCAUUAGUUGCGACAUUUUUAUAAUUCCUACAAUACCAGGGACUGUGGAUAUAUAUUUGAAAAGACCCAGUUCUGACCUUCUUACAGGCUGCUGGGGAGACAGAGAAAGACAAUUAUAAUGUGCUACUUGUUAUAAAGGAGAUAUUAUUAGGUGUCACAAAAGCAUAGAAGAGCAGUUACAUCUGCCUAAAUGAGUAAGAAGAAACUUUAAGAGGCCAUCUAGAGUGGAAUGAUGAUGCCCUUGAAUGAGCAAGUAGCGUUUAUUCCAAGGAUUUUCUGAGUAGUGUACUCAUGUGUUUCCUGUGAAGCCUUAACUGUGUAUUUUAAGAUUACCCUUUACAUUUUCUUGCCUGUUACAAAAAAAUAAAAAGAACAGUUCUGAUGCGUUAUCAUUUGUAAAUGUUAGUUGGUCCUAUUUUAAGAGUUUAUUUUUUAAUUCUAGCAUAGCCAGCCACGAUCUGUUGUUUCGUGCUCUUCCGUUUUUGCCUUUUAGCCCCUCUAUUUUUUAAUGUCUCUCCUUUCGAAAAUGAUGGAGAAUUUUUACUUUUCAUUGUUUUUACUGAAAUAAAAUUCAUCAGCUUAAAAAGAUCUAAAAGCAGAUUGCUGAAUGAUAUUUCCAGGUUUUAUUUUUAACUGAUGUGUCCCCCUGUGACUCAAUGGCUUUUAUACAGGACUAUUCCUCGUUAAAAAUUCAUGGAGAGAAUUGUGUGUGGAGAGUGGAUGGGAAUCAAAAUGUGGGAUGGUUUUAAGUCCAUCCACUUCAGGAACCUGAAGCAUCAUUUAAGAAACCAGCAAGAAAACAAAACUAAUUUUGAAAGACAUAAUCUGUGUAAUAUGGAGAAAUCUAUUAAGAUUUUUCAGGUUUCGUAUGUCAAUAAAACAUUGCUUGAAGUCUGUGCAAGCUACUUCUGUUCUAGGGAAACUGUCAGCAAGAUUAACUUUUCCAAAAACCAGUGGUAAGAUUUAAUAUUCACUUCCCUUCCCCAUAUUGUUUUCUCUUGGAAAAGGUAUACUAAGGUUUUGUGUCAGGUGGUGGUCAUUGAAAAGUCUUAUAUAAUGUAAGUAAUGUUCAUGAACUUGUCUGAGUGUUAUUAUUUUCAUUAUUCAGGACAUUUUCUGUAUAAAGUUAUGAGCUUUAUCUUCCUUAUGUAGGCCAUUUAGCUUAACUGUAUUAAGGUAAAAGGUCUGUAUCUAAUUUAAAACUUAAAACCAAAAACAUUUUUCCAAAAUACAGUUAGUACUUGUAAGGAGGCCAUGAGUAGGCCAUGCAUAUAAUUUAGUGCUGGAAAAAUAAUUUCAUAUAUACUUUAAUUGAAAGAAUAUUGAGCUUAUGACCCUUGAAUAUAAAAGACAACAUUAUAAACUCCAUUACAUCUUCUGUAUCUCAAACAUCAUGUCAGUCAUUCAUUUGCAUGUGAACAUCACCCAUGAAAUUAUAGAAUUCAGCUUCAUCUAGCAUUUAUUAUAGUACAUAAGAAUAUAUAGUGCAGUAUUCUAAUGUUACAUUAGAUCUCAAAUAAUCAUGGUUGCUGUCAAGAGGAUGGCACACAAUAUGGAUACUUUAAAUUAUUUCCCAUUGAAAAGCAAAAAUGAAUGACUUACAUAUUAAAGUUAAAUUUCUGAAUAGAAAGAAUCCAAGGCUUGUCAUUUUAAUUUUUUUUUUUUUUUUUUUUUUUUUUUUGUGCUAGUGAUCCGGGAUGCUCUUGCGUAGUGAUUCUUAAAUUUGGGACUGUGUGAGAAUCAAGUUUCUAAACCCUCUUCAACCUACUGAAUUAGAAUCCAUGGGCACGGGGCUAGAAAAUUUCUAAUUUUUAAAAUUUCCCUAGCUGAUUCUGAUAUAUUCUAAAAUUUGAGAACAACCAGUCUUGGGAAAAUAUUACUCCUAUGAUUUUAGAUUUUUGUUUGUUUCUCUGAAUGUUGUGGGUUUUUCCCUGCAUUUGUGUUUUUGUUAGCAACCUUUCCCCUGGAUCUCACAAAAACUCGACUCCAAAUGCAAGGAGAAGCAGCUCUUGCUCGGUUGGGAGACGGUGCAAGAGAAUCUGCCCCCUAUAGGGGAAUGGUGCGCACAGCCCUAGGGAUCAUUCAAGAGGAAGGCUUUCUAAAGCUUUGGCAAGGAGUGACACCCGCCAUUUACAGACACGUAGUGUAUUCUGGAGGUCGAAUGGUCACAUACGAACAUCUCCGAGAGGUUGUGUUUGGCAAAAGUGAAGAUGAGCAUUAUCCCCUUUGGAAAUCAGUCAUUGGAGGGAUGAUGGCUGGUGUUAUUGGCCAGUUUUUAGCCAAUCCAACUGACCUAGUGAAGGUUCAGAUGCAAAUGGAAGGAAAAAGGAAACUGGAAGGAAAACCAUUGCGAUUUCGUGGUGUACAUCAUGCAUUUGCAAAAAUCUUAGCUGAAGGAGGAAUACGUGGGCUUUGGGCAGGCUGGGUACCCAAUAUACAAAGAGCAGCACUGGUGAAUAUGGGAGAUUUAACCACUUAUGAUACAGUGAAACACUACUUGGUAUUGAAUACACCACUUGAGGACAAUAUCAUGACUCACGGUUUAUCAAGUUUAUGUUCUGGACUGGUAGCUUCUAUUCUGGGAACACCAGCCGAUGUCAUCAAAAGCAGAAUAAUGAAUCAACCACGAGAUAAACAAGGAAGGGGACUUUUGUAUAAAUCAUCAACUGACUGCUUGAUUCAGGCUGUUCAAGGUGAAGGAUUCAUGAGUCUAUAUAAAGGCUUUUUACCAUCUUGGCUGAGAAUGAAAGGUAAAAGAGUUCUUCAAAUUCAGCUGCAUACCACCAGCUCUCCCAACCUCAGACGGUGGGCAUUUCUGGAUGGAUGGCUGCGGUUAUGGAUAAAGGCUGUAACUGUUAACACAGAAAAACAUGAAAAGCUCAGGCCCAAGAAAGGCCUUGGAGCCAGCCAAACAGAAUUUGUUCUAAUGGACAUGGAUGAUGUUGAACAGAAAAAAGUUUACAAGUGCUUUGUGGUUGCACUAAUGUAUACUCACUGCCAUUUUAAGAGGGGGAAGUACACUUUAAAAUAUAUUUGAAUGUCAUGUACUGAUAUGCAGUAGCUUAUUGUUUUUCUAGUUGCAGAGAAUGUGAAGUUUAAUCUCUUAAAAUAUUUAGAUCGUCUACUUUUUCAUUGAAUUUGUCAAUAUGUAAUUGCAUUGUAAAAUAUUUUAUAUAUAUAUAUAUAUAUGCUUAACUUCCCAAGUGUUCUGCAUUGAACCACUUAGGGAAAAUUUUGUUUUUUUUAUGUUUUGUAAUUUUUUAAAUUAAGUAAAGACUGGAUCAAAAUAAUUACAUCCAAACUAGACCGUGAACAA